AUGAAUGGAGAUGAGAACAAAAAUCGCUACAAUGAAGUUGCGACCCCUAUAGCGGGGGAUGCUUCAAGUAAGCAUGGACUUAAAGCAGAGCAAAAUCAAGGUGAGAACAACAAUGACUACAGUAAUCGUGAUAAUGGCAUUACAGAUAUAAAUAGUGAUAAGAAUAACAACUAUAAUAACUCACAAACGGGAAGUAUACCAUCUUUUCCAACAAAGGGAUCGAAAAACGUUGAAAGUACGGGCAAUCAAAACAUAAAAAUAGAAGAAUCUAGUGGUUCGAACUUGACGAUGGAAGAGUCAUCUGAUUCUAAAACUUCCAAAUUAGAAAAUGUGAAUCUCGCUUCCACAGUAGGCGGUUCUCAAACUAGGAAGUAUUUGAAUGCAAACGUAACGCCACACCUAUUAGCGGGUAUGAGGCUCAUAGCCGUACAACAACCGGAUGAUCCGUUACGUAUGUUAGGGGAAUAUCUAAUCAAUCAAAGCGAAAUUCAGAAAAGCGGAGAAAAUGGGAACAAUGUUAGCGUAUGA